AUGGACCACCAGCAGCGCGACUCUGCCGCGCACAGCCCUGGUGGUGACUAUCCUGACGACUUGAAAAUGGAUACUAUGGCAGAUGGCAGGGUUGAAAUGGCCCAGGAAGAGAUAGACGCCAUUAUUCGCAAUAAACGAAAGGUCAGAGAUCCCAAGGCGUGUUACGCCUGCCACCGUCGAAAAGUGAAGUGUGACCGCAACCUGCCCUGCGAUUCUUGCGUCAAGAGGGACCACCCCGAGCUCUGCUCAUAUGAGCGACCUACGAAGAAGCGCCGCAUUGCGCUGUCGGGCGCAUUGAACCCAGCCGAUGGGGCUGCUUCCGAAAGUCCAAAUCAGCAGACUGGGCCCAACAUCACCGUGCCUCGCGAACAGUGGGAGCGUCUCAACAGAGAAUUGCAGCUACUGCGCGAAUCAGUCAAAGCCGAACGAAUCUCCCCCGGCGCUGCGCAUUCAGAAGAGGAUGUAAAUCCCACAGGCACACAUAGUCGGGGAGACGAAGCCGAACGAGAAGGAAUUCAUGCACCGAGCACACAGAUGGGGACAAUGCAUCUGGGCUCAAGAUCCGUGCUGGCCUAUAUGAUGGGCCUGGGCAGGACAAAGACCGCGCAAGACACCGCCAAAUCUCUACUGGAGGAGAAUAUUCUCCCAAAGUUGGGUCUGGACAACGAGAGUGCAACUUACCCUUUCGUCGAUCUGUGGAGCACCGAGUCCAGUAUGCAAGAUGUCGAUGGGCUGUGCAAAGCAAUUCCGGAUGAUGAGCUGUGCAAUGAAUUUUUUGUCGCAUACCGGGAUAUUGCCUGUACCAUCUAUCCUGUCGUUCCGGACGUGUCGGGCUUCGAGGAUACCUUGCAUUUCAUGCUUUCUAAUCGCUCCCGGCACAUUCGCGACAACCUCGAGUUGGAUCCCAACAAACCCUACGGCGUUACUUUGCCAUGGCUAGCUCUGGUAUUUGCCGUCUUUGCUUCUGGCUCCCAAUCUUCCGAUCGACCAGCCAAAGAACGAGAGCUUACCUCGCAAGUCUACAUAUGCUGUUCCUACCAAGCCCUCCGCAUGUCCAACUUUCUUACCCAUCCUUGCCUGGAAACUAUUGAAGCUUCCUUGAUUAUUGGCAACGUCCUCUCUUACAACAUGAACCCCGGCGUGGCAUACAUUUUCCUUGGCAUGACCCUCCGGAUGGCCUUCUCAAUUGGUCUCCAGAUAAACUCGCAACAAUUUACUGACGCCGAGAAAUGGACCCGUCGCCGCAUCUGGUGGGCACUCGCAUGGCAAGAUUCCCACUUCGCUGUUAGCUACGAUCGACCUACUUCCAGUGUGCUGUGUAUCCCUGACAUCCCUUACGGGAAAUUCAGCUCUCCAGGUGACCGAAGCUAUGCGGAAACAAUGUUUGCCAUCAUCCGACUCACGCAAGAAAUCGUCCGUGAAAGACUCCUCCAUACACGAUCGUAUAUGUCGUGGGACCGAAUCCAGAAGUACACUGAAGAAAUCACCUUCCAUGUCUCCCAAGGGGCAAGCUAUCUACGAAAUCGCGACCUCUGCUAUAAGAUGACGCAGCACCUCGAACGCCUCGCCUUGAAGCUGCACAGCUGCUACAUCACCUCUGAACUCUGCCGACCUGCUCUCAAGGAAGCGCCUUCAUCCUCCAACGUAGAGAAUCUGACCCCAGUUCAGUCGCCUCCGGGGUCCAGUCGACGAAAAACGUCAGGAACAACGGGACAAUCUCCCAGCACAUCGAACCCUGACCCCUCCACGCUCUCCCACUUUCGCACCAUGUGCAUACAAAAUCUCGAAGGCGCGGUUGAAGCCUACGUGGAACUACACUCGCUCUCAAAGUUCGCCUCGCGCAGCUGGAUCGGCAUCCAACGAUCUAUCUCCGCCGCCUUCUUGCUGGGCACGUUACCCGAAACGUCCCGCGAUCCGCGCCGUCUUGCGCUCCUCCGUGAACUCGAACAAGUCAUAAGCCAGCGCACGCAUGAAGACCCGACAUUCGACCUCCCACCUGACGCGAGUCCUUCGGCGAAGAGGCGGUUCAGCAACGAGGCUAUGGAGGGGCAAGGACCGCCUUUGGCCGAAAGUCCCCACUGGGCAAGGAGCAUGUCAAAGUCGCUGAACGCGCUGGGGAAAUUGAACGCCGCGCUUGCCGGGCCAAGACCCACGGCGCCCUCGAAAUACAGCACAGGCACAUAUCCACCACAACCCUCCUCCAACUUAUUUAUGACUGCGGGCUCGGGUCUUCCGGCAGCAACCUCUCCAACGACGCAACCGCGAUAUCCGCCUCUGGGCGCCGGCGGUGUUCCAAGCGUGAGUGCGAUCAAGCAGGAGGCAUACUCGCCCUCUCUCGCCACGAGUAGCACGAACGGCCUCCUAGGCGGCAUGAGCAGCGGCACCGGGAGUCUCGGGCCCAUCACUCCAGAUAGUACUGGGUCGUCUAGCGGAGAUUGGAAUUUCGGCAAUAUAGCUGAUCGGGCGGCCGAGUACGUUCAGGCACCUCUCUGGGGAGAGGGAGGGGUCGGCACGAUGUGGGAUCGCUUCUGA